CACUAUAUAAAAGUGAACUACUUGAGCUUUUCUUAAAGAAACUUCUUCGAAACUUCAUAUAAGCGCACAGACGUUUUUCGUGCCGUUUCUACAUCAACGUCGGUAGAAAGAGACGUUUUAAUCAAGAAAAAGCAAUGAGGCUAUUCUUAUCAUUCCAGAUUAUUUCUGCUCUCUUUGCAUUCCAGUUCUUAUGUGCUUCUGAGUUCGUGGAUGAAGUGUCCAGUCAACUGGGGACAUUCUGCAAUCUCAAUGACGAAUCAAAGAAGCAAUUGUUAACAUGCCUCGGAAGUGCAGUUCCGCAGUUGAAAAGCCGCAUAAUGUCUGGCGAAAGAGACGUUAGCCAAUUAUCCGUGAAAAUCUGCAGUACUCCGCCUGAUCUUCCAGAGGAUAUAGCGGAAAAAUUGGAAAGCCUAGGCGACACCGGUGAGCGGACAUUCAAAGAUGGAUUGACGAAAUGCCAGAAAGACCUACAAUCCUAGAUAUCUUCCCGCAUUACUGCAAUCAUACCAUAAAAUAAAGGAUAUAUUUUGAAGUUCA